AAACAUUCCGUGUAGUCCCGUGCAUGCAGCUUUCCUGGGGUCUUUCUCACCAGCGUCCGGCGUCAUUGUCCUCCGCCACCUUUUAGCGAGACCCGCGAGCCUCCAGGGCUCCAUCCUAACCAGGCACUGGCGACACUUGCGCUGGUAACCUCGACCGUCACUCUUCACCUCGGCCACACGCGCCCCCAGUUCUCGUCUUCUGCCUUGACCCAAACCCUCCCCCCCCUCCCCCCACUGCUACAAAAAUCAUGGACCAGCUCGGAAGCGACAUGAUGGUCGACCCCACGUACGACGAGAAGCACGAUGUGGCCAUCAUCUCCCCCGAUCCUGAUGACACCAUGGACGAGGUUGAGCCCGAACCAGAGCCGCGCGCCGACGAAUAUGAAGCUUUCAUGAGGAAGCAUAUGUCCGGGCUGCCAGAUCAGGAGACCGAGGCCGAGACGAUCAAUACGUGGGAAAUCAGGGACUGGAGAAACCUGGGUCGUCGAGAACAUGGCCCCGUUUUCGACUGCGGCGGCCAUCCCUGGCGGAUACUGUUCUUUCCAUACGGCAACAACGUCGACUUUGCUUCUUUCUAUCUCGAGCAAGGCUACGAGGAGAAGAAGGUCCCCGAAGACUGGUAUGCCUGCGUCCAAUUCCUGCUGGUGCUUUGGAACCCCAGCGACCCGAGCAUGUACGUCAUGCAUUCGGCCACCCACCGCUUCACCGCCGACGAGGGGGACUGGGGCUUCACAAGAUUUGCGGAGCUGCGGCGGCUCUUCAGCUCUCAGUGGGACGAGCGGGGUCGCCCUAUGGUGGAGAACAACAGUGCAAAUAUCACUGCGUACAUCCGCGUGCUAAAAGACCCAACUGGUGUCCUAUGGCACAACUUCAUCAAUUACGAUUCCAAGAAGGAGACGGGCAUGGUUGGCCUGAAAAACCAGGGUGCGACGUGCUACCUCAAUUCACUCCUUCAAUCUUUGUUCUUCACCAAUGCAUUCCGACAAGCCGUCUACCAAAUACCCACCGAACAGGAAACAGAUCGUCAAUACAGUGCGUACGCAUUGCAGCGGCUGUUCUAUCUACUUCAGACCUCUAACAACGCUGUCGCGACGAACGACUUGACCCAGUCCUUUGGCUGGGACUCAAAGCAGAUCUUCGAACAGCAAGAUGUCCAAGAGUUGUCGCGAGUCCUCAUGGAUAAGUUGGAUGAGAAAAUGAAGGGUACUGAAGCAGAGGGUGCGCUAGAAAAGAUGUUCGUUGGCAAGAUGAAGACCUACAUUUCCUGCAUCAACGUCGACUAUGAGUCGUCUAGGAUGGAAGACUUUUGGGAUAUCCAGCUUAACGUGUCCGGCAAUAAGAAUCUAGACGACAGUUUUAACGACUACGUCCAGGUCGAAACAAUGGACGGCGAGAACAAGUACUUCGCCGAAGGCUUUGGUUUACAAGAUGCCAAGAAAGGCGUCAUUUUCGAGACUUUUCCCCAGGUUCUCCACUUACAACUAAAACGAUUCGAAUACGACAUCAAUCGCGACGCAAUGAUGAAGGUAAAUGACCGCUACGAGUUCCCUGAAAUUUGGGAUGCCUCCCCAUACCUCUCAGAACAAGCAGAUCGAUCAGAGCCAUACAUGUACCAUCUUCAUGGCGUUUUGGUGCAUAGUGGCGAUUUAAACGCGGGGCAUUAUUAUGCUUUCUUAAAACCAACCAAGGACGGCCAUUUCUACAAAUUCGACGAUGACCGGGUAACUCGUGCGACAAGCCGAGAAGCACUAGAAGAGAACUUUGGAGGAGAUUACGCCCACGCCAAUGGCAACAUCCCUCAGCGGAAUCCCUAUACCCGAACGUGGUCUGCCAAGCGCUCUAUGAGCGCCUAUAUGUUGGUCUACAUCAGGGAGAGCCGACUGGAUGAAAUUCUGAUGACCGGGAAGUCUGUCGAGCCUCCCACCCAUCUUGCGGAACGCGUCGCGGAAGAGAAGGCGGCUUUUGAACGCAGAAGGAAAGAACGCGAGGAGGCUCAUCUGUAUAUGGAACUCCAGGUUGCAUCAGAAAACAACUUCAAAGUAUAUCAGGGAUUUGAUAUUGUGCCUUGGAAAGCUGAGACCGACACUGCCGCACGCCCAAAAGCAUAUCGGAUACUACGGGCCACCACUAUGUCGGAAUUCUGCCAAAUAGUAGCAGAUGACCUUGGCAUGGAGCUAGACAUGAUCAGACCGUGGGCAAUGGUGAACCGACAGAACGGCACUAUCCGCCCCGAUGUCCCGAUCACAUUUCCUGAUAUGACGGUCGAAGAGGCCUCCAACAAGUUCGGCACAAAGACUACUCAAUUCAGGUUGUGGAUAGAGAAAGCCGAAAAGCGGGACGAAGAUGGAGAUCCAGUCUUUGGCGACAAACUCAUUGACCUCAAGAACCAACAGAGCAAUCGACCGCUUAUGCUCUUCCUGAAGCACUUCGAUGCCAAGACGCAAAGCUUGUUCGGCAUUGGCAACUUCUAUGCGGCCUACCAAGAUCGAGUGUGCGAUGUGAGCCCUCAAAUUCUGCGAAUGAUGGGUUGGCCUGCUGGGACCACCUUCAAGCUGUCUGAAGAGAUCAAACAGAACAUGAUCGAGGCCAUGAAACCAAAGGUGACCUUGGCUCAGUCCGAAAUUCAAGAUGGCGAUAUCAUCACCGUCCAGAAGGCAUUGCCGGAGAAAGAGACAACCCAAAUUAUAGCAACCGGCGGUUACGUGGAAGCUAAGGACUUUUACGAUUACCUGCUAAAUCGUAUUAAUGUGGAGUUCCACCCAAGACAUGGCCUGGAAUCUGGACAUCCACAAUUCACCUUGACCUUGAGCAAGAAGAUGACCUACGACCAAUUCUCGGCCAAAGUUGGUGAGCACUUGAAGGUGGAUCCUACGCAUCUCCGGUUCACGACGAUCAAUAACGCUGGCAAGCCCAAGCUGGCGGUAAAGUACACUCAGCAAGGUACUCUAAGCAACAUUCUAUAUCCGGGACCCUACAACUACUCCGCCGCCUCCAUGCAGAAACAAGAUGCACUAUUCUAUGAGGUCCUCGAGAUGAGCCUCAAGGAGCUAGAACAACGGAAGAGCAUGAAAGUCAUCUGGUUACCUGAUGGUAUCCAGAAGGAGGAGGAGUACACGUUGAUGAUACCUCGAACUGCACAGGUGUGCGAUUUACUCGAAGCGCUCCAAAGGAAAGCUGACAUUAGCGACGAAGUCAUGAAAACUGUGCGACUAUACGAGGGCCACAACAGCAAGUUCUACAAGAACCUUGCAACGGACUUUGCAAUCAUGGGGGUUGGUGAAUAUUUGACGCUUUAUGCCAUGCCAUUUCCGGAUGACGGCGCCAACACGAAAAGAAUAUCUGUAUUCCACUUUGAUAAGGAACCAGUCAAGGUCCAUGGCAUCCCGUUCCAGUUCCCGCUCAAAGAGGGCGAGCCAUUCAGCGAAACCAAACAGCGCCUAUCUGAUUUCAUGAAAAUCAAGGGCAAGCAAUUCGACAAGAUUAAGUUUGCAGUCGUAAGCAAACCUCACUACUCGAGGCCAGAGUACCUUGAAGAUGACGAGACUCUAUGGGAUCUAAUGGGUGCCCGGGACGAUAUAGCGCUGGGCCUGGACCACGUGAACAAGGCAAGAAGCUUCUGGGGAAAAACUGAUUCUAUCUUCAUCCGAUGAUCCGUCUUUUUCCAUACUUUGCUUAUGCUGGUGUGUGUAGGAUGCACUGUGGUGUCAGAAUAGGAGUGCCACGCCCGUCACACUUGUUUUCAAAUAGGCGUACGGUGGAUCCACAACAUGGCGAGGCGGGUUUGUUUCUCGGACCGGACUCAGGCGUGAGCGAUCUUGUGCAUAUCUAGAUUAUGGUGUGAUUCUGAGAAGGUUUGAUCCGUAACUUCUGCUGCUUGGUAGAUUCGCGCGGCGUUGAGGAGAAGGAAUGAGUGCGAGGAGCUUGGAGUGAGGUGGUACACGGGUG